GCAACGCCGCGCCGACGGGAACUAGUGUGUUCGUGCUUUGACACCCGUAGGUUAGACGUUCUAGUGUUCGCCGGUUAUACAAGUAGCUUUUGUACAGUGUUUUAUCUAGUAUAUGUAAUUAUAUAUGUAUAUAUAUUUUUGUUAACCAGCCGGUAUACGCGAACCGAUCGAAUUUUACGAUACGUCCAGUUUGACCAACUGUGCGAAAUCAUUUGUAUUUUCGUCCCGACGAAUCGCUAGACGUGCCGGUACCACGGCGUGCCGUUCGUUCACCCCUCUGUCCGGUCCACGAGAGAGUCGAACGUACAAAAAAAGAACGCGAGGAACGUCGGAAAUAUACCGUGCUGUGAUCGCUUUUUCGCACCAAAUCGAAUUCGUCCUUGUCGAGGAUACGUCCGAAGAGGCGGCCCUUUUUUUCGAUACGACUUCCCGUACAUUCGAACGACCCUCUCUCGAUGUUAACGAGAAAACCGCUUAGUCGAUCGUAAUCGCGAAUUACACGGGCGAGUGUCGCGAGUACGUAGAAACGGUGGGCGUUUGCGAUCGGAGGAUACAGAAGGAAUCGAGUGGAUAGGAGAAAAGGAAGAGGAGCGAGAACAGGCGAGUGAAAAUGGGGUGCAACACGAGCAAGGAGAGUGUCCAGCCGGUGGCGAAUGAAGCGAAGGAAGACGCGAAGAACGGCGACAUCCCAAAGGCAUCAGAGACCAAUUCGGCGAAAGUAGAGUCGCAGGAGACGCAGGCGAAACAAGAGGAAAGUAAGGAGUCAAAGAAGGAGUCCGAGUCGGAGGUAGAGGCGAGCAAGGGAGAGAAGAACGGGGAUAAAGAGAGGGAGGAGGCCGCGACGAGGAUACAAGCGGCUUUCCGCGGCCACCACACCAGGAAGAGUAUGAAAGAGACUGAAUCUUCGACAAAGCAGACGGGGACCAAACAAAACUCGGAGCCAACCAAGGAAGAACUUCAGCAGGAGUUCCGCGCCGACGACAAAGAGCUUUGCGAGGCGGCGACCAAAAUCCAGGCAUCUUUCCGCGGCCACAUGUCGAGAAAGGAGCAAGCUGUGACUCUCGUCAAGUCGGCGGAGAACACCGUCGACAACGUCGUGUCCAAGAUGGAGGAUAAGGCGAAGGAGGCCGAGAACGAGCUUGAGGGUAUCGAUUUGUCGGAUCCCGAUCUACAUAAGGCGGCGACGAAGAUCCAGGCGAGCUUCCGGGGUCAUAAGGUCCGUCAGGAAGUGAACGUCGUCGGCCAGCCGGAGGAGCCCAAGAAAUAAGAGGGAUGAAAAAGCAGAAAAAAAAAUAAACUAAUAAAUGGGUCGGUCAACAAUAACAACAAUAACAACAACAACAAAAACAACAAAAAUAAUAGCAGAGAAUCGGGCUUCAUCUUUGCUUUUCCGUUUAUCGCCGAAUCCGCUUCGCGAGCGAAUCCUUUUUUUACAAAUCCCCACAGAAAUUUAAUGGCGUUUCUAACGCGAAUCCUGUGUCCCGUUCAUUACGUGAAAUUUAGCUUAGGUUUCGUGAAGGUAAACUGUUUCUCAUAUUUUAUCGCAUAUACCUAAACGUUUACCCGAUGCAUUCGAUACGAAUAUCACUGAUCCCGAUGCGACGAUGUAUUAUUUUACAACCGAACGAUUAUCGAUUUCGCAAACGUGCACGCGUCGUUAACGUUGAUUUUCGUUAUUUACAAAUUGGCGUUUCGUCGACGUGAGACGCGAAACCUCGCGUGGAACAAACGAAUCGGGAAACCGGGCGAAGUCUAUAAAAAAUACACCACGUAGCUUAUUAUAAGGCUCGGCAGACCACGUAAUAGGUACUUACCGAGUCGAAUUGAAAAUCGCGGUCAAGCAUGAACGAGAGUACGUAGUAAGCGCGAUUAGUCGAAGAAGGCUGUUUGAGUUUCACAGUUGCCCGCCGCAGCGGCUUGCACUGCGCUGGCCGACCGAAGGAACGAAGGGAACUCGACGAGAAACAAAGGAACGGCGACGAGAGGAAUUAAUUGACUCCGAAAGUGGCGAGAGCAAUCUUUUCAGAAGUUCGAAGGGAAGCGCGCGAACCAGGGUUGAAUACGUUUCUUCGGCCAGAUCCAAUUACUCGGCUCGAUUUAAUCGCGUAUUCGCCGCCGAUGGUUUUCGUUUAAUCAACCGAUACGUACAUACGCGCGCGGGUGCCGCACAGAUUCGAGAUUAACAGUGGACCGAUAAAUUCUUGUAUCUGAAAUUUAUCGGCAAUCGUAAAACGCGAGAAGGAUCUAUCAAAGCUUGGCGCCAGAUUAUGCUCUUCCGUUGCACGUAGAAUUUCGUCGUUCGUAUCGGACGUCCUCUCUGCACUCGCGAACUCGCGAAACGUAGUGGAAAAUUACACCGGUUAAUUAAAAUAACCAAUGAGCACGCGACACGAGGAUAUCGCCGGCUCACGGAAGAGCAGAAUCGCGUUUCCUCUCUACAUGUGCAUGCCUCUGAUUCGAGGAUAAUUGAAUGCAAAAUGAACGUAGAAACAGUUGAUAAUCAGUCGAAAGUCCAGUCAUUUUAUUCCCCUUUUCGAAGAGAUUAUACACGACUUGUGAUAUUACUGAAACUCCCACGCAAAUCGAUGCAAUCUGCUGUAUUUAUUGUAAUUUCAUAAAAAAGAGGAAAUAACACGGGAAAAUGUAUUACCACGGUAGGAUUAUAAAAAGGGGAAUCAGAGUUUCGAUCAUUGAUCGAAAUUACUAUAUUCUCGGUGAGAAAGCGCAUGCCUGUGGCAAAGAACAUGUUUAAUCGAUAAACGUGUCGUCGAAGUUUCAUCGUUCCAACUUUUGCGAACUCGGUCCGUAGUUUGGCCACGUAGCUGCACGCAACUUGUUUUUCUCAACACUGUUUUACGCUCGAUAAUGCAAUAAUUCAACGAUUAAACAAAAAGAAGAAAGAAAACAUUUUGAUAGUCGAACUGCCAUGUAAAUCAGUUAGGCACGCGUCACCCUAUUUUUCGUCUAGUCUUCAAUUUUCUAUGUUGAGGAAAUAUUGUUUUGUUUUUAGCAGGCCUAAAAACGUUAUUCUUAUUUAAUUGGUUUUUAUAUUAUUAUUUUUUAACGUUCGGCAGGAAAUUCUAUUUUUAAAACAUGACUAUCUUUUUUUAAAUUUGGAGGAUUAUAUCUCGUUUGGAAACAAUAUUUUUUUAACAAGGAGGAAAUAUUAAAUAUAUAAAUGUACUGUUAAAAAUAAUUGAAAGAAUCUCUUAGCCAAAUAUUUGUUAAAUCGUUUCGUUAAUAAGCUCACACUAUUGUCACAUAACAUUAUAAUACAUAAAACAUUUUAUUUCAAACCGAAUCAAAUAUAUUUCAUCUGUUCUUCUAAUCACCACGCUUCGCGCGAUUGUCGGAGGGUAAAACGACUAAAUAUAUUUUAUAGAAUCA